UUUCCCCACUCGGGACACCACAGCGGCCGCUCUAGCGGCUGUCCCAUGGUUUGGCCUGGCUUUUUCGGCUGCGCGGUCUCUAUGGUGCUGGCGACAUGUGGCGACUGACGGGUCUCCUGGGCCGAGCACUUCCCCGUCUGUUGGGACCUCACCUCCGGGGUGUGACCCCCAAGACCAACAGCUCAGAUGUGCCUCAAGCGACCUCCUCCACCUUGUUGGUCCCUUUGCCCAACCUUGACAGGUCAGGCCACCAUGGCCCGAGUACAAGCAGGGGCCCAAAGUCCCAUGGAUGGAAGAAUGUCUUCCAGUGGAUGUCUGCUCGUGUCUCCCCAAAUACCCUGUGGGAUGCCAUCUCAUGGGGCACUCUGGCCGUGCUGGCCCUGCAGCUGGCGAGGCAGAUUCACUUCCAGGCAUCCCUGCCAGCAGGACCUCGACGAGCAGAACGCUGCUCUUGGCACAGUCCCCUGGAUCGUUUCCUCUCUUCUCCCUGGUGGCACCCGCACUCCUCACUAAGGAGACAUGUUCUCCCUGGUCCUGAUGGCCCAGUUCCCAGAUGUAUUGGCCUCAGGGAACCCAGGCUGGGCCAGGAAGAACUCUCGGCUCAGUUCGGAAACUUUUCCUUGCCUAGCUCCUUGAGAACAACUGGUCUUCAGGAGCCUCCUGAGGAAGGUCCCAGUAAGUUUGAUUUCCUGUAUGACAGCAGUAGCUUUGAGCCCAAGACAAAGCCAGCCCAGCCUCAGCCCACUUGUGAAAAGAAGGAACAAGAUAAGUCAAAACCUCUCCCCCUUGAGGAGGCCGUGAUGUCCAUUCAGCAGCUCUUCCAGCUCAGUGUUUCCAUCGCUUUCAACUUCCUGGGGAUAGAGAAUAUGAGGAAUGGGGACUACAUAGCAGCCUUUUCUUACUUCCAGAAAGCUGCAGACCAUGGCUACAGCAAAGCACAGUACAACGUGGGCUUGUGUCACGAGCAUGGCAGAGGCACCCCCAGGGACCUCAACAAGGCAAUUCUUUAUUACCAACUGGCUGCCAGCCAGGGCCAUAGCCUGGCUCAAUACCGCUAUGCCAGGUGCCUACUGCAAGACCCAGCCUCCUCACAAGACCCUGAGCGGCAGAGGGCAGUGUCCAUGCUGAAGCAAGCUGCAGACUCGGGAUUGAGAGAGGCCCAGGCUUUCCUCGGGGUGCUUUUCACCAAGGAGCCACACCUGGAUGAGCAGAGAGCUGUGAAAUAUCUUUGGCUUGCAGCCAACAAUGGGGACUCACAGAGCAGGUACCACUUGGGAAUUUGCUAUGAGAAGGGCCUUGGUGUGCAGAGGAAUCUGGGAGAAGCCGUGAGAUGUUACCAGCAGUCAGCGGCUCUGGGAAACAAGCCUGCCCAGGAGAGGCUGCGCACCCUCUUUUCCACAGAGACAACAGCCCCAGGGCCCAGCCACCCAGCAGCACCGAAAUCUUUCUCCAGCCCCUCCCUCUGCAGCCUGAACACUCUGCUGGCAGGUGCCUCAGGCCUCCCUCAUGCCUCCAGCACAGGGAACCUUGGCCUCCUCUGCAGAAGUGGGCAUUUUGGAUCCAGCCAUGGAGCCUCCAGCAGGGUUCUUCCCACGUUGGAAAGGAGUCUUGUAAGACUGGGUUUUGGCUAAGAAGGAGUUUCUUGCCUGCCUAAAUGCCGACGUGGAUCUGCUUGGCUUCUUCAGUCCUCACCUCAGCCCUGAAGAGGGAACCUGUCAAUGCUCAGAGAUAUCAAAGCUAGAGUCCCAAAGAAGAGGCCAGUUAUUCACUCACCUUCCCCCCAACCCUGAGCAGCUCCCAGCACCGUAAGAAGAAGAAAGUGUGCGAAGAACCCAGGUUCUGGCUCAGACUGCUUGCCUGGCCAUGUCAUCUUGAAGCAGUGGACUGACUUGCUGACAUUGUCUCCUGAAUUGUAGAGCAAGAGCAGCAGUGUGUGCCCUGCCUCCUACCUUACAGGCUGAAGCACAGGUGUUUUACUGUGGAAAGGACCUGGGUUCUUGCUGAGACCCCAGAGGCAAGGUGAUGCCCGUGGUUGAGUGGCUUUAUGCGUCACCAGGCCAGUAUGAGAACUUAGCCUUCUGACUCCCCGCCCAGCCUUACGUUCUACUAGUCUACACUGUCACUUUACGUGAAAGCAUUAUUAUGGCCCUACCGCUGUGAGAGAAUAAAUGGAGAUUGGGCACUUGGAGCCAGAGAGUGUAGAUUGUGAGUCCUCGAUUGGGAAAGGUGAGCCAGAAAUGUAUGGGUGCUUAAUAAAGCAGAUGGUGGAUUAUCUCA